UACUUUCUGUACCAGUCACUCCUCCUCCAUCAGUAGGACGCUGCUCCACCCUCUCCAGCGCGUUCAUCUCUCCGUCCGUUACUGUCCCACGAGUGGAGAGGAUUUCAGCACCGGGACAGAUCCACCACCGUCUCAGGCAACAUGGCGACUGAGUUUCACAACCUUCAGGAGCUGCGUCACAGUGCGUCUCUGGCCACCAAGGUCUUCAUUCAGAGAGACUACAGUGACGGCACAAUCUGCAAAUUCCAGACCAAGUUCCCUGCAGAGCUGGACAGCAGGAUCGAGAGGAGCCUGUUCGAAGAAACGGUGAAGACGCUGAACUGCUGUUAUGCAGAGGCUGAAAAGAUUGGGGGUCAGUCUUACCUGGAAGGCUGCCUGGCUUGUGCUACGGCCUACAUCGUCUUCCUGUGCAUGGAGACACGCUAUGAAAAGAUCCUGAAAAAGAUCAGCAUGUAUAUUCAGGAGCAGAAUGAGAAGAUCUAUGCACCCAGAGGUUUGCUCCUCACAGACCCCAUCGAGAGAGGCAUGAGAGUGAUUGAAAUCUCCAUCUUUGAAGACAGUGGCUCCACCAGCUCCAGCUCCACUGGUUCUCCGUCCAGUGGCACGGCUCAAUGACUGGAGGAGCAGCACCAGGGGUAUGGGUACAGGGGGGCCAGUACGCUCCCCAAAAUCCGCAUGUUGAAACAUGAGAGCACCAGAUUUUAAAGAAAGAGAGUGAGAGAGAGAGGAAG